CCAGUUCUACAGUUAUCUACACGGAAUAAGUGAAGUCUAUGAUUUCUUCGGCCCCUGUACUUGAUAAUUGUUUAUUAUUGUAUUUUUUUACGGGGAACAAAAUAUUAUAUGAGGCUCAUUGCAUUGAUCGCUAUAGUUUUCGAGAAAUACAGUGUUAAAGUCAAAAAUAAAUAAUAUGAAUUUUCACAUAAUACUUCGGUUUCCGAAGCACUAAUUUAAUCUGACAGCUAUUUUUGGUAGUAUCUUUCAGUUGGAAAACAAUGAUGCAAUAAUUAUGUUAGCAUGUUUGGUUAAUAAAUCUUGACAAACAUGAUACAAUUUCAAACCAAGAUAAAUAUAACCACGAACAGUAUUGUCAUAUCAAGGGGCCGAAAAAAUUAUAAACUCCCCUUAUUCUGUGUAGAGUUGACCGCGUAAAGUUUUUCGUGUAGAGUUCGCCCAUGUAGAACCGAGUCCCAUUCGCGCACGACACUUUCUUGGCCGAGUGUCUUCGUGUUCGUCAAGCCACAGAAACCUUCCGUAUUCGUUCGUCAUCGAAGGCGUCGAUUAUCAUAGUGGAGAAGUCUCACUCUUAUCUUUCUUUCUUUAUAUCAUAUCUUUAUUUCAUUAUCGUAGUAUUAGUUCACUUAUAACGAUACGCAUAAUAUUUAAGUUUAUUCUAUACGGCAUCUGCUACUGGAGCAAGACUGAUUCCUGUAUAGAUAAAAAGGCAGAGCGGAAUGAAGGACAUACUGUCACAGUUUCAGAAGGAUGGCUAUGUAGUCCUUCAGGAUUUCUUCAACGAGCAGGAGGUUGAAGAACUCAGAUCAAGCGGCGAAGAAUUUACGACGAAUCUUCCACCAGAAAAUGAGAGAAAAAUUUUUAAUGCAGUAGAACAGCCGCAGAGCAAGGACCAUUACUUUUUGGAUAGUGCCAAUAACGUGAGCUUUUUCUUCGAAAAAGAAGCUCUAGACGACGAUGGUAAGCUCAAGGUACAUCCUAGAGUCUCCUUGAAUAAAGUGGGACAUGCUCUUCAUUGGCUACAUCCAGUCUUUAAAAAAUACACCUUCGAUGAGAGAGUGAAGGAAGUAGCUUUCCAACUGAAUUUGCAGGAACCAGCUAUAUGUCAGUCAAUGUAUAUCUACAAAAAUCCUGGACCAGGUUCAGAAGUUAUAACACAUCAAGAUGCCACCUAUUUAUAUACGGAUCCAGUAAACCUUGUGGGAUUUUGGAUAGCUCUGGAAGAUGCUACCAUAGAAAAUGGCUGCUUAUCAAUCGCACCAGGAUCUCAUCUUAGUGGCAUUCAUAGACGUUAUAUCAGAAACAAGGAUCCUGAUUCUAAAGAAUUAUUAAUUUAUGAUAGAGCCGCACCCUGUUACCCCACCAGUAACUUCCGGGCUGUUCCAGUACGCAAGGGCACGUGUAUUCUUCUUCAUGGUCAAGUUGUACAUUUCUCAAUCAGCAAUAAAAGUGAGAAAUCUAGACACGCCUACACCUUUCACGUUAUUGAAACGAAGAAUGUAACUUAUUCCAAGGACAAUUGGAAACAACCACCCGUGGAAGGCUUCCCACUUCUUUAUAGAAAUUAGUGUUCUUCUUGCAUGAUAGACGGUACGAAGACUUCAAAGAAAAAUUAAAAUUAAACUCAUGGGAAAAUAUAUAUAAGUUGACAUUUUUUUGCAGCUAUACAGCUUUAUUUUACACAAUAUUGUAUAAAAAAUAAACUAUAUUCACUGUAUCUCAUUAAAUUUUAAUAUAAAAAGGUUUUA